GCUCUCUGAAGACGCUUGUGGUUCUUCACCUUCCCCCAUUUUUUUUCUCAUUUUUUUCGUGCCAUACCUUUCUUUGUUUCACACUUGUGUUGGGGCUCGUUCACUCUUCAGCUCUUCACCUCUCUCACUCCAGACCACCUAAAAGCUCGCAUCAUGGGACGCCAGUCAUCUGUAUAUCUGAGCGCACUGAUCUGUUUGCUCCUCACCAUGGCUUCUGUUUUCUAUGGAGCUCCAGCUUCUCUUAACUCCACAGAAUUACAGACUUCGAUUAAUAAAGGCAACACGACUGAGCCUAAAAGUGAAUCUUCUACAGUCACACCCAGCACCACCUCCAUGGACCUCACUACAGCUCAGAUAACCACCACAAUUAAGAGCAUGUCCCCUGAGACCAGGACCCCGAUGGGACCAGUGGUCACCGUUCAGACUCAGUCACCUAAUACCACCUCGACUCCCGGUUCCAAUUCUGGUGUCCGCAUGGGUGUAUGCCUGAUCUUCUUCUUCUGCUUCUUAAUCCUGCUCCUCUUCUGCUUUUAUAAAUGGUAUGUUCGUAAUGGACGUCCCUCCUGCCCGGAAAUUUGGAGAAGGGUAACAGAACACGCAAGGAAUGCCUGGGCGACAGCCGUGACACAUCUGAGACCAUCUUCCAAAGACGAGGACGAAGAAGAGGAGGAUAGGGAGAAGGAGGUGGAAUUAAAAGAGGCAGAAGAAGAAAAAAUGCAAGGAGGGGAUGAUGAGGCAGACGAUGACAACAGCGAUUCUUCUGAUUACUCAGAUGUAGGUGUUGGUGGAUCGAUAAAAAAUGAAGAAAACGAUGUCCAGAGAGAUGAAAGUGGUGAUGAUGCUGAUGACGAUGAUGAUGAUAUGUCAUCAGUGGAGCUCAAGGACGAGAAGACGGAGAAAGAGAAGGACAAUCUUACGGUGCUGUAAAACACCAUUACCAGAUUCAUUUCAUUCACCUGCUUUUUGAUUUGCAUGUGUGUGUGCAUAUAUUAUCAUUACAAAUAAAUGAAUAGUUUGUUAAUAAA